GCCAACCUUACGGGAAUGGGAGGAUAGCAAGGCACCUGAAGUCCCUCGCAACGUAGUUCAAUUUUGCUUUGGAGGUCCAGCCAUGUGGAUCCCUUGUUCGAAGCCAGAUCCUCCUCCAAUGGAGGACUCAGGAUCACUGGAGUUUCCCAUGUACUCGUUGAAGGCAGAGACAUUUUUGGGUUUAAGGAUUGUUCUGAAACAUGAAGAUGCCCAUGCGGCUGGCUACCUGGUUGAGUUCUCCAAGGAUCAAGGCUCCGCAAUCUUCAUCUCACACCAAUGGCUGAGCAGGUCCCAUCCAGAUCCCCAGGGAACACAGCUGCAGGACAUGCAGAAUUCUUUGAGGAAUAUCUUGAACGAUGCUGGCCAUAUGCAGAUUUCACCUCAUCCGGCAACACAAAUGUAUUUUUGCUCGCAACCGACGAAUUAUGCUUCUAGGUUUCGUGGCAAGACAUUGCUGAUUUGGUAUGACUACUUGUGCAUACCCCAGGAGAAUCAUCAGCAACGCUGUCAGGCGAUUCGCAGCAUCCCCGCCUAUGUAGCACGCUGUGAUUUUUUUGUUGCAUUGUGCCCUCCUUGCCAACAUUUGGAAACGCAGGAGGCUUUGAAUCAAUAUACUUGGGGUGCCCGCGGUUGAUGCCGGGCGGAACGGAUGGCUCGAGAGCUUUCAAGUGAGGACGGGUUGAUCAUAUGUGUUGAGGGUGGGCGACAUCAAGCAUUUCUUACUGAUCUCAAGGCUACGCAAUCCCCUGGAGCCGGGCACUUCACAGUCGCCGAAGAUCGUGACCACAUUGCCGUCAUCAUGAAACACAUGUUUCGUGACAAGCUGACACACUACCUCAGGCACGGAGAUUUGCAUGAAUUUCGCUGGUACUUGAACCAGCAGGCGGUCUGCUUGAGGGGCCUCGGCACAGAUCUCAUCAACGACAUCGGGGUUAACAUUGAAAGCAUGGAAGCAAGAACUCCUUUGGCCAAGUUCAUGAAGAGGAAUUGCUUCAAGAAGGUCUCGGAGCGUGAUGCAAUGGGUUGGACUCCAAUAUGCUAUGCAGCGGUGAAUGGUGACGUGUCAGUGAUUUCUGCUCUGUUAGCUGAAGGAGCUUCUGCCAAUGACCGAGUCACAAGGCGGGAUGUGAAGCAUCAGGUCUACAAGGAUUGUCCUGUGUUGUCCUUGGCUGCAUGGUUCUCCCAUCAUGAUGCUUUGGAGCUUUUGUUGUUUGCGAGGGCAAAUGUGAAUAGUAGCGAUGAGAUGAGCUUCCCUCCUAUACACUAUGCGACAGGUGCUGAUGAUGUCAAGUCCGUGAGGAUUCUCCUCAACGCACAUGCUGAUCCUUGGGCAGAAGGCUUCCUAAACAUCGAUAUGUUAAAAACUGCCGCCGCACUGGGAUCAGUGCAAGUUUUGCAAGAGUUGCUGCGCAUGGCCGCGCCAGAGCGCCUGCAGCAGAGCUUGAGACACAGUUUGCACUGGGCAACGUAUUUGGGAGGAUUUGCCAAGAAUUUGGAGCUGCUACUCCAGGCGCGUGCAGAUGUGAACGACCGUUGUGAGACACAAACCCGUCAGUUUCCACUCUGGGUGAUGAUGAAGUACUGGGCUUUGCAACACCGGAUCCGCCAAUCGAGACUCACUCUAUUGGCUUACCAUCACCAGGGCGCGACACCCCUCAUGUUCAGCCUCAUCAACUGUCAAUUUGAGGCGACCCAGGUCCUUCUGACAGCUCGGGCAGACAUCAACCUCAGGAACUCCAGAGGAGUGACCGCUGCGGAUUUAGCUCGAGAAGUUUCAGCCCCUCAAACUCUGAUGGGCUCAUUGGGCUAAAAGUGCCCAGAACCUACUGUCCAC